CACUAACAGAGACAUAGCCUAUUUAACUGCUUAAAGAUGCUGGAGAAUAUCAAACAUAUCCACAGCUCCUCCACUGAUUAACUCGCGCUUUUCUCCGUUUGAAAGCCCCACCUCGGCUGAUUACUGCGUAGUCGCGUCUCGCGUCUGAUAAGAAAACCGAUAAUUCCGAUUACACGCAAAGGCAGCACAUUUCCUGUCUGCACAUUACCACACGAACCACCGGCAGAAUACGGAACAACCAGCGUCUGUAACGUUGGUUGGCCGUUAGUCAUUUGGACCUGUUCGCAUAUCAGUCUCCUCGCGUCAGACGAUGAACAUGACUGAGUUUGCUCUAAACUGUGCCACCGGCUGAGACUGUUGUGCCUGAGAGUAGCUCGCGAGACAGACCGCACCUCUCCUUCUCCGCGGCCGCUUUCCAGCUCUUCUCCUCCGGUACCGUGUGUCUCAAUGGCGGACCCAACAGAACCGGCCCCGGGCAGCGUGGCGGAUGACAAGACGGACGAUCUGAACGAGGCAGAGAUGGCGCUGAAAGGAAUCACUAUGCUCCUCAACAAUGGAUUCAAGGAGAGCGACGAGCUCUUCAGAUUAUACAGGAACCACAGUCCUCUGAUGAGUUUCGGGGCCAGUUUUGUGAGUUUUCUGAAUGCCAUGAUGACGUUUGAGGAGGAGAGAAUGCAGAUGGCCUUUGAGGACCUCAAAGCCACGGAGAGACUGUGUGAGAGUGAGAACGCCGGUGUCAUUGAGACCAUUAAAAACAAGCUCAAGAGGAGUAUGGACUCUCAGAGGUCCGGGGUGGCUGCAGUGGAUCGACUCCAGAGGCAGAUCAUCAUUGCCGACUGCCAAGUUUACCUCGCAGUGUUGUCUUUCAUCAAACAAGAGCUAUCAUCAUACAUCAAAGGAGGCUGGAUCCUCCGUAAAGCCUGGAAGAUGUACAACAAAUGUUACAGUGACAUAACGCACCUGCAGGAGGGCAGAAGAAGACGAGCCUCUGAACAGCAAGCGACGGCGCCUCCAUCUCUGUCCAACCACGGCCGCUCCUCUUCGCCCGGGCCGAGCCCGUCCCUGAGGCCGGACGGCAUCAGCCCAGAGGCUCUGGAUCGGCUAAAAGGUGCGGUCAGCUUCGGUUACGGCCUCUUCCACCUCUGCAUCUCGAUGGUGCCGCCGCACCUCCUGAAGAUCGUCAAUCUGCUGGGUUUCCCUGGCGACCGCCUUCAAGGCCUGUCGGCGCUCACGUACGCCAGUGAAAGUCAGGACAUGAAGGCCCCCUUAGCUACCCUGGCCCUCCUGUGGUAUCACACAGUAGUGCAGCCCUUCUUUGCCCUGGACGGCACGGACACGCAGGCGGGCCUGAUGGAGGCCAAAUCCAUUCUUCAACAAAGGGAGGCUACCUAUCCAAACUCCUCCCUCUUCAUGUUUUUCAAAGGCAGAGUCCAGCGCCUCGAGUGCGAGAUAAGUAGUGCCUUGACGUCCUUCCAUGAUGCGUUAGAUCUGGCCUCUGACCAGAGGGAGAUUCAGCACGUGUGUUUAUAUGAAAUAGGUUGGUGCAGCAUGAUCGAACUGAACUACGGAGAAGCCUACAGGGCCUUUGAGCGACUGAAGACCGAGUCUCGCUGGUCCCAGUGCUAUUACGCCUAUUUAACUGGAGUGUGCCAAGGAGCCACAGGUGAUCUGGAGGGAGCUGUCAAGGUUUUCAAGGAUGUUGAAAGACUUUUCAAACGCAAGAACAAUCAGAUAGAGUUGUUCUCCACGAAGAGGGCUGAGAAACUAAGGACCCCCAGUCUAUCCAAAGAACUCUGCAUCCUGUCUGUGAUUGAGAUUCUUUACCUGUGGAAAGCUCUGCCCAACUGCUCUACUGCCAAGCUUAAGACAAUGAUACAAGUCCUGCAAAGGAUCGACGAUGCCUCAUGCACAGGCCUGAAAAACCUGCUUCUUGGUGCCAUAAACGGCUGUCUUCAAAACACCAACGAUGCCAUUCAGUUUUUCCAUCUGGCUGCAAGAGAUGAGGUUGGUCGUCUGAGCAACUCUUAUGUGCAGCCCUACUCCUGCUAUGAACUGGGUUGUGUGCUGCUGAACAGCCCAGAGUCUGCAGGGAAGAGCAGAGUGCUGAUGCUUCAGGCUAAGGAGGACUAUGCCGGCUAUGACUUUGAGAACAGGCUCCAUGUUCGUAUUCACUCUGCUCUCGCCUCAAUGAGGGCUGCUGCAGCGCAGCCGUGACAUUUUAUCUGCACCUCGGAAAUGUCUAUGAAAAGCCACAAUAUCAUUCAGGUCACUAGUGAUACACUGUUUUAUUUGUUUUAAUUUAUAUUUUUGAAUUUUUGGAUUCUGAGCCAAUGCAUUAUUUUGAAUUAUGUGCAAUACACACAUGGGAUAACAGUUACAGGAGGUAUUUAUCUGUUACUGUACUUUUUAAUACAUUGGGUAUUUAUUAUUGUUUACAUGGUUAAUUUCAAAACUAGAUGCCAGUCAAAUCAGAUGAAAAGCAGUCAUAUUGCUUCAGGUCAAGUAGAGUAAUAGCACAUAUUCAGUAUUAACUGACUCAGCCAUCUUAGUGUUGGCUUCUGACGUAGACAUUUGAGAUGUAAAUGCUUUGCUAAUCCAAACGCAUGAGUGCUAAAAGUUUUGUCUUUUGUGUAGCCCCUGUUUUUUAAGCAGAAUUGUUUUUAUCAGUGUAAAUAUGUCGUGCACACAGGUUUUCAUAGAUCAACAUGUUGUGAGUGGCCUAGAUGUGCAGUGCCACUGCUGGCUGUAUAUUGGUUCCUAUUUAUAUUGUUUUGUUUUAAGAUAAUAAAAUGAAUAUGGUAAAACUGAAUUUUGUUGCAUCCUAAACUUGAUUAGGUGUACAUGAUGAAUGCACAUGAUGCAUUGUUCAACAACAAAUGAUCUUUUAACAGCUGACAAAUAACGCUGCUGAUGUUAAAGGGGAACUUUGGUAUUUUUCAACCUGGAACAUAUUAGAAACACCUUAAUACUAAGGAAAUAAUUCUUAAAUAUAGUCACAUAUAAUUACUGCCAGGAAUUUGAAACCUUGAUUUUUCUGAUCCCCUUGGGACAAAUAGAACAGUCACAUCAUUUGUUGGUAAAUCAGUAAAAUAGGAAGGUCUAGACAAAUGAUCUGUCGCUAAGCGGUCACCCAGGCAGUGGGGUUGACAGCAUAUAGUAAAAUAUCUAUCUUUUGAAUGCCACUCAUCUUGUAACACCUUAAUCCAACAGACACCAAUCUAAUGAAGAUGUUCCCUUAAAAUUACACCGAAUAGCACAAAAUCAAGAACGUAGUGUCAGCACAAAGCUUUUAUUUAGCAACAAUAGAAACUCUGUUUUGAUACCCAAAAGACUGAUAACAGAAAAUACUAAAACCUAUAGCAGCUAUAUCCAC